ACCUCAAUGUGUCACCGUGAACGAGCAGGUAAGAACGACUGCGAGAAAUGCUCUCAAAGGUGCAUGAUCACCGUCCUUUUAAGUUAUGAUGAUGCUGGUUGUAAUCAUCCUUGGGCGAGUUAAAAGCUCAUUAAAAUCCGGGUUUUUUUGCCCUUCCAGAAAUGUGAGAUUCGCUACGAGACCGUGUUUGAACAACAAUGUUCCACCGUGAAUGAGCAGCAAUGUUCAACCGUGAACGAGCAGCAAUGCACCACAGUCAACGAACAACAAUGUACCACUGUUAAUGAGCAACAGUGUAAUACCGUCACAGAGACCGUCUUUGAGCAGCAAUGCAACACGGUCCAGGAGCCCAAAUGCGAAAUUCAAUAUAUGACCAAAUAUGAACAGCAGUGCUCAACCGUUAACGAACAGGUCUGCAAUUCCGUCAACGAACAGCAAUGUAACACAGUGAACGAACAGGUCUGUGAGUCCACUGUCCAAACGAUCAAUGAGCCGCAGUGCCAGACGGUCAACGAACAACAGUGCAAUACCGUCAAUGAACAGCAAUGCUCUCAAGUGAACGAGCCGCAAUGCACGACGGUCAAUCAACAGCAAUGCUCCACUGUGAAUGAGCAACAAUGUACCACCGUGAAUGAGCAGCAGUGUUCCCAAACUUUCGAGCAGGAAUGCACAACCGUCAACGAGGAGCAAUGUCAAACAGUUCAAGAGCAACAAUGUGCCACCGUGACCGAACAAGAGUGUGAAACCACAUUCGAAGAAGAAUGUACCGAAGAGCUGGAGGAGGAAUGUACCACCACCAACGAUCAAGUGUGCGAGCAAACCUUCGAAACAGAGUGUUCCAAUCUAAAUGAGGAAGAAUGUUACACCAAGUAUGAGGAAAAAUGUGAGACCGUUUACAAGGAGAGGUGUUCGACGGAGUACGAGCAGAAAUGUACCACAGACUACGUGAACGAAUGCCAAGACGCUUAUGGAGGUGGACAAUCCGAAUAUGGAGAAGAAGGAGGCAAGGAUUGCCAAUCCGUACCCAAAGAAAACUGCCGACAAGUGGCCGUGCCAAAUUGUCGACAAAUUGCAGAUGAACAAUGUCGACAAGCCCCUACCCGCGAAUGCGGCCGCGUUCCACGUGAGCAAUGUAAACAAGUGCCAAGAUACAACUGCAAACAGGUUCCCCGUGAGGAGUGCAACCAAGUACCCAAACAAAAUUGUAAGCAAGUGCCCAAGCAGGAAUGUAAGCCAGUGGCCCGGGAACAAUGUCAGAAUGUGCCCAGACAACAAUGCCAGACGGUUCCCCAACAAUCGUGUCGUCAAGUGCCCAAACAAAACUGCCAAUCCGUUCCCCGACAACAGUGUCAAAACGUGCCCAGACAGCAAUGUCAGAGCGUGCCUCAACAACAGUGCCAAAAUGUGCCUCGUCAACAAUGCCAACAAGUUCCCCGCCAACAAUGUCAACAGGUUCCUCGUCAAAUCUGUAACAAUGUUCCACGACAAGUACCCCGUCAACAAUGCCGAAGCGUGCCAAGACAGCAGUGUCAAAAUGUUCCCAGGCAGCAAUGUCAACAGGUUCCCAAACAACAAUGCCAGAGCGUUCCAAUGAGAGUGGAGGUGCAAAAUUGCAACAAUAUUCCGAGACAACAAUGUAAUCAGGUCCCUCGUCAGGUCCCCAAACAGCAAUGCCAAAAUGUUCCCAGGCAGCAGUGCUCGAAUGUUCCCCGCCAACAAUGCUCCACCGUUCCCCGUCAACAAUGCCAAAAUGUUCCACGACAACAAUGUCAAAACAUUCCCAAGCAGCAGGAGAAACAAGAGUGCAGAAGCAUUCCAAGGGAACAAUGUAAUAAUCAACCUCGCCAGGAAUGCUCAAAUGUUCCCAAGGAAAAUUGCGGCGAACCAAUUUGCCAACCCGUUUAUUGGUGCAAACAAUGCUCCGGAGGCAACAGUGGAUCAGCUGUUUCUAGUGGAAACUCGUAUUCUUCGCCCUCAUCUAACUCUUUUGGUUCUGGAUCCUCUGUUUCUAGUGGAAAUUCCUAUUCUUCGCCCUCAUCUAACUCCUUUGCUUCUGGAUCCUCAGUUUCCAGCGGAAACGCCUACUCUUCUCCCUCAUCUAACUCUCUUGGUUCUGGCUCAGGAUUUUCCGUUUCGAAUGGAGCUUCUGUGUCAGCCAGCGGGUCUUAUUCAGGCGCAUCGGGAUCCUCGUUCUCGCAAAAUUCCAACACGGGCGCUUCUUCUUUCUCAAACUCCGGGUCAUCAGGCAACGCCUCCCCCGCUCAAGAUUCUUAUGGCAUUCCUCAAGGCAACCCAGUCUCUUCCAACUCGGGAACGUCGGGCAGUUUCAGUACUUCUAGUGGAUCCAAUUUUAACGCGGGUUUAAGUUCUGCUAAUAACAACUACAAUGCUGGAUCGGUCUCUUCCGGCUCAUCCUCCUCUACCGGCGCCUCAUCCGCCCCAGACUCUUACGGUGUUCCCCAAGGGAACCCAGUGUCCUCCAAUACUGGAUCUUCCUCUUCAAGCUUAGGCGCCUCUAGUGGAGCAGUCCUCAGUGGUGGAGCGACUUCAGUCAACAACAAUUACAAUGCUGGAUCAGGCACUUCAAGUUCAUCCGCAGGAUCCUCUUCCGCGCCAGACUCUUACGGUGUCCCUCAAAGUAACCCGGUGGCAAGCAGUGGAUCAUCGUCUUUUGGCGCCUCGUCUUCCACUUCGAACUCCGUCUCAGCUAGCAACAACAACUACAACAACAACAACAACAAUGGAGCUUCAUCAUCUGGCACAGGUAGUUCAAGUUCCAGUUCCAGUGCAUCAGCUCCUGACUCGUAUGGGAUUCCUCAAGAUGCACCCAUCAGUGGCAUCAACCCCAGAAACAACGUGAAUGCUCAAAGCUCUGGGGCAAUCUCGGCCAAUGUGGGCCCCUCGGCAAGAGCCCCAGCCUCUCCCGUCAGUUUGCCUUCUAAUGCGUCCCCUGCCUCUGAUUCCUACGGCGCAGCUCAAUCCUUGCCUAUUAACACGGGAUCCUCGUCCUCCUCGUCCUCUUCGUCCUCCUCUUCGUCGUCGUCAAGCUCCUCGUCAAAUCAAGCAGUGUCCGCUCCUGAUUCUUACGGAGUCGCUGGUGAAGAGCCCCUCUCAGAUGGCUACAGAUUUGAGCGGGCUUCAUCUCUCUAUGGGGAUAAAUCCAACAGCCUUGAGGGCUCAGAUACUGUUUCCGCCAAGUCGACAGGGUCUAACGUAGACUUGCCCAAAGUAAAGAAUGGAGGUUCCGUGACCCCGUCUUUAGUUAUUGACAUCAGUCCCGAAGAUUUGCUGGAUCGUGAUGCAGUAGCCAAGGCCGCCGCCGUUCGAUUCUUGGCCGAGGCCGAAGCGAUUGCCGCCAAUGUCGAGGAUGAGAUUGAAUAUUACGAGAGUCAGGAGAACUACGACGACAAUGACCAAAAGGAGACCGACGAAGAAGUCACCUCUCAGGACCGAAAGUCCGGUAGUUCGAGAGCCAUUCAAGACGAGUUCGAUUAUGUCACACUUCAAGACGACCUUUUUUCGACCUCCGUUACCACUGAAGCUUCCUGGACCAGUUCCAGUUUUGAGGAGGCAUUGACAGACGCCCCCAGGCAAAACGAUUUAUUUUAAAUGGUGUGGUGUCUCCGUCAGUCUCCUGUGGAGACACUGUCUUCUCAAUCAUCCCAAAAACGCAAACGCUACUCUACUUCGAUGAAACCGAUAUGAGUUGUCUACUAUCAAUGCCAUACAUUUGCGACUUUGCAAAAACUCCUAAAACUAACACACUCUAGAAAUUUUGAAGAAUUCAAUACCACUCAUACUCUCGCCAUUGUUGUCUCAAACAGAGUUUCCAUCAAAAAAUGAUGGGCUAAUGGGGAAUCAAACUUUAUUUGUUGGAAGGUUGUUGGAAAAAUAUGAUUCAUUCCAUGUUCCUCUUUUCGGUUCUUACCUCAAUUCACCAAGUUACCCCUCAAGUUUGACAAAGUGCCGGACAAAACUCGUAAGCGAACAGAUUUGAACAAAAUUGAAGUGUUGUUUCGCUCUUACGUACGUAGUUGAAAAAUCACUUUCCUAUACUCUAGUCAAAACCAUCGACAGAACGGAAAAAAGUAUGUACAAUGGCUGGCUUCAAAACGAUAAAAUAUUGUUUCUUUUUCUUGUCAAAGUCGUUUUCUAAGCCUAAUGAAUGAAAAGUAUGCUCAAAUCUUCUGUUUCCCCGACCUCCUCCAUUUUGAGUUCAACGUACGAAUCUCGUUGCUCUUGAACCAAAAUGAGAGCAAUUUAUUUAUGUAAAUAUUGUUGAUUUUGACAACUGUUAUUAGUGUGAACAAAAUAAAUUGUUGAAAAACA